CCAUUUUAAUAAGUAAGCUUUUUCUACUGUGAGUAAAGAUACUGAUGUUAGGAAAAAGUCACAAAAGUAAUUUUUCUGACUCAAAAAAUGUUUAAUCUGCACAUUAAACCCUCUAAAUCCCUUUCAGCAAGAAAGCACUUUUCGGUCAGCACCUGAAACUUUUCACAUCUUCUUGUGUGAUGAGUGCUGAGGUUUGACUUGUUUUGAGUGUGUGUGUGUGUCUAGGUUCAGGGUUUUGUCAGUCUGCUCUGGAUUUGCUGUCAUUUGCGCUGCCGGUUGGCAUACUGACAAUUUCAGCUGUGUGGGUGUGCAUCCCGUGACCUUUGGCAACUGGGUGGCUAUAGCUCGAUCUGCAUCAUGGAAGUUGGUUUGCCUGAGAACAAUGACUUUUUGGAUCUGUUCGAUGAUCUACUUGGAAACAGUUCCAAUUAUUCAUAUGAUUCAGGAUCCGAUUUUGGCUGGGGCAAUGAUGUGUGCGAUGAUGUCCGUACAAAUUUUGAGUUAGUGGUCAUCCCGGUACUGUAUUCCCUGGCAUUUGUGGUGGGCAUCCUGGGAAAUGCAGUGCUGCUAGGAGUGCUGUUUCAGAGCAGGAAAUCCUGGAGUGUGACAGACACCUUCAUCCUCCACCUGGCUGUGGCAGACAUCUUGCUGCUGGUGACGCUGCCUCUCUGGGCUGCUGGAUCUGCACAACAAACAGGAUGGACAUUUGAACGUCCACUCUGCAAGAUCACUGGAACCGUUUUCACGGUCAACUUCUACUGUGGGAUCUUUCUCCUGGCCUGCAUCAGUAUCGAUCGCUACCUGUCCAUUGUCCAUGCAACGCAGAUGUACUCCCGCAGGAAGCCCUGGCUCGUUCACGCCAGCUGCUUGAUGGUGUGGUUUUUCUCCCUGCUUCUCUCUAUUCCCGACUGGGUCUUCUUAGAUAUUCCAUCGGACAGAGUAGGCAGAAGACAAUGUAUUCGGAACUAUUCGAUCCUUGGUAAUGAGACUGUUCAUUACUGGAGAAUGACGUCACGCAGGCUUUACCACGUCGCGGGCUUCCUGCUUCCUUCAGUCAUCCUGGUUUUCUGUUACACCUGCAUCUUGCGGCGGCUGCGUUGUGGCACCCGGGGCCUCCAGAAGCAGAGGGCUUUCAGAGUCAUCGUAGCUCUGGUGGUGGUUUUCUUUGUCUGCUGGACCCCGUACAAUAUUACACUGAUAGUGGACACAGUCACAGAAAACAACGGCAAUAACACCUGUGGAAUAAGUGCUCUGGACAAAGCCAUGAUAGUAACUUCUACCUUGGGUUACCUUCACAGCAGCCUCAAUCCCAUCCUGUACGCUUUCGUGGGUGUAAAGUUCCGGCGCCAGCUGUUUGAUCUCUUAAGGUCUCUGGGCUGCAAGCUGAAGAAGCCCACCAAUUUCCAGUCUGUCGUCAGCAGGAAAACUUCUCUGUGGUCUGACUCUGCAGAGACCUCCAACUCAACUGCAAUAUGAAAAACAAUCAAAACAACCUUUAAAAAAAAAAAGAAAUAGUCGAGAAAAAGCUUAAAACUCACAGAAAAUGACAUAUUGACAUGUUUAACUGGCUUAGCCAGUUUGUAUGUAUGUAAAUAGCCGAGACUCAACAUGACUGUGCCCUUCAAACCCGCCCAUGCUGUUAAACAUAAAUACUUGUAAGCUAGUCUGAUUAUCAUGUGGCAUGAUAAUUUAAAUGAUUUACCGAAACCUGUGGUGACUUGCAGUUAGCAUUCUGUACUGUAAAUUGCAUGUUUUGAACAUUUUUAACCCUUAAAUGACAAGG